AUGGGUAAAUUUCCCUCCAGCUCGUACCGGGAGAAUGGAUUUUGCAGCAGCCAGCCAGGGGGGAGCUGCCCUGCUGAUGUGAUUGCCCUACUCGGGUUUCUACAAGGGGUUAAUUACCCUUUGACUCUGUCGACUUCUUGGGUAGGAGCUCUUCCAUGUGGGUCUCCUAACUGGCUCGGCGUUUCCUGCUCUCCUGGGGGGCAAGCCUCAGUCGUAGGCCUGGUGCUGCCGAACCUGGACCUGACAGGCUCGGUGGCGUCAUCAUUGGCAAACCUGACGUCAUUAGCAGCCAUAGUUCUCAAGAACAACAACCUAAGCGGCUCCAUUCCGGAUUCCCUCACGUCUUUAAGCAAGCUAACCCUGCUUGACGUCAGCAACAACCGCCUGUCCGGCCCCUUUCCUGCAUUCUCCUCCCAAGUCGAGCUGGUUACCACCGGUAACAGUUUUGGACCGGCGCCAACACCAGCUCCCUCCUCCGCUCCUUCCCCACCAUCCGCCCCUUCCCCUGCCCCUCCUUCCUCCUCCCCACCCUCUUCUCCCUCCCCUGGCCCAUCCUUCCCACCAGCACCAACCUCCUCCCCCUCCCCAGCACCACCCUCGUCCCCAUCCCCUGCACCAUCCUCCUCCCCCGCUCAUCCAUCUAGCCCGACACCCCCGUCCGAAUCCCCCCCAUCCUCCCCUUCCCCUGGAGUCCCGCCCCCCCCUUCCGCCCCCUCCCCAUCCGCAACAGAGGCGCCUGGGGGGACCGGUAGUGGGACGGGCGCAGGGGCAAGAGUGGUGGCAGGGGUGGUGGUGGCGGCAGCAGUGGUGGCGCUGGUGGCGGGGCUGGCUGUGGGGUGGUGGUGCUGCGUCCGGCCAGGCAAGGGAAAGAAGCCUCCCCAAACGCACCCCCACCCUGCCACCUCCUCUGUGGACCCUUCAGCAGCACCUGGACUCCCAGCAGCCGGUGCAGGAGGAGCAGCAGGAGCAGUAGGAGAAGGACGAGGAGGAGCAGCAGCAGGAGCAGGUGGAGCAGGGGAGGGGGCAGGAGCAUUGAUAGCGAGUGCGAGGUUGGCACUGGGAGGCGGGCUGACUGUGAGCAUAGAGGUGAUUCGCGAGGCAACAGCAGGGUUCUCCCCGAGCCACGUGGUGGGGAGGGGCGGGUUUGGCACGGUGUACCGUGGGGACAUGCCUGAUGGGAGCACAGUGGCGGUCAAGAGAAUGGAGGCUGGACCCAUCAGUGAAGCUGGCACUCGAGAUUUCCUGGUGAGUAGGGUGAUCAGGGCGGAGGUGGCAGUGCUGUGCAAGGUGCGCCAUCGCAACCUGGUGGCGCUGCUGGGGCAUGUCAUGGACCACCACGAGCGCCUGCUAAUGUUUGAGUUCAUGGAGCUGGGCCCGCUGAGUCAGCACCUCUUUGACCCCACCCGCCACGGCCACCGCCCGCUGACGUGGACGGAGCGGCUGGUGGUGGCGUUGGACGUGGCGAGGGGCGUGGAGUAUCUGCACAGCCUGGCGGGCGGCAGAGACUCCAUCGUGCACCGCGACUUGAAGCCCGCCAACGUGCUUCUGGACGGCCGGCGCCGCGCCAAGGUGGCCGAUUUUGGCCUGGCGAAGCUAUUGCUGCGACCGAUGCUGCCGCCCGAUGGAGGAUCGGGGAGGGAAGGGGGGUGUGGCAGAGGGAUGGAUUCGGAGAUUGCUCCGUCGGUUGAGACGCGACUGGCUGGCACGUUUGGGUAUCUGGCGCCUGAAUACGCAGGUGCGGCUGGGAUGGGUGGGUGGGGAAGAGGGUCAAGUGAGAUGGGCAGAGUGGAUGUCUCUCCCCCAUUUGCUCUCUCGCUAUUCUCACCCCAUCUGCCUGCAGCCAUGGGUCGAGUGACAACACGCUCGGACGUGUACAGCUUUGGCGUUAUCCUCAUGGAACUGUUCACCGGGCGGCGAGCUGUGGACACAUCCCGGCCCGAUCUCUCAGCACACCUGGCCACGUUCCUGCUGCCCAUCAUUCCCGAUCGCUCCAAGCUUGCACAGGUGGUGGACCCUGCCAUAGCAGCAGGCAUGGUGGAUAUCAGCAGUCAGGCGUUUGCCUCGCUGUGCACCGUGGCAGAUUUGGCGCUGCACUGUGUGGCUGCUGACCCGCGCCAGCGACCCUCGAUGACAGACGUGGUCACCGUGCUCGCUCCACUCGUCAGAACCUGGGCCCCUUCGGUACGUUGUGUUCUUGCGCAUCCCUGCAUCCCUCACCCUGCCCCAUUCCUCACCCCGCUCCCAUUCCUCCUUCCGCCCACCCUGUUUGUCAUGUUCUAA